GCGGCGGGCUCCAUGCGCGGCUGCUCCUUCACGGCCCCGCCGCGGGACUGGAGGCGGCUGCCCCCUCAGCCCCGGUCCCCGAGGCAGGCGGCUCUGCCCCCAGCCCCUCCGGGAGCCGGUUGGGCUCCCGGCCCCCGAGGGAGCAGGCUGUGCCCCCGGCCGCGCCGUGAGUCUGGAGGAGCUGCACGUGCUGCCCUGUGGAGACCCCAUGGACUGUGCUCAGCCGGUGACCUGUGGCAGCACCAGGUGAAUCUCAGCACUGGCAGAGCAGCAGGUGACAACGAGGAACACGUGUGGCAGCCAGAAACCUCCACAAUGAGCUGCCUCAUCCCCCCACUGCUCAGGAAGCUGUGGAGUCUCUCACCUCGGUGUGUGCUAGGACGAGGGACUCCAAGUAAAGGUGCUGUCCUCAGUCCAGAGCAGUUGUUUCUGAGGAGGAGCUGCAGUGCAAGACCUGGGCUCGUGACUGCCACUGAUAUGGUCAGCUAUUGGCAGAAGGUGUUCGAGACAAAUGGGAUCCCUGAAGCACGAGAAUCCAGUCAAUACAUUGUGUCAUUUGUCCUGGGAGCAAAAACAUUUCAGAGCCUGGAUUCCAAAAGCCUCCACACUCCACUUACAGCACUGCAGCAGGAGCAAAUCCAGCAGCUGAGCCACAAGCGGCUGCAAAGGAUGCCGGUGCAGUACGUGCUUGGAGAGUGGGACUUCCAGGACCUGACCCUGAAGAUGAGACCCCCGGUGUUUAUUCCACGGCCUGAAACAGAGGAUCUUGUCUCUUUAGUUGUGGAGGAAGAAUUUCAGAAAUGUGAGAAUUCAGCCCUCUGUUUCCCAGUUCCUGUUCCUCAUCCUGUGAUCCUGGAAAUUGGCUGUGGCUCUGGAGCAAUUGCUCUGAGUCUGCUCCGUAAACUGCCACAGAGCAGAGUCAUAGCCAUGGAUAAAGAGGAGGCUGCCGUGGAUCUCACCAGGGAGAAUGCACAUAGGCUGCAACUCCAAGAAAGGAUUCACAUCAUCCACCAAGACGUUUCACACAGUUGUGCCAAACAGCUGCUGCUCUGGGGGCCCAUAGAUGUUAUAGUCAGUAACCCCCCGUAUGUUUUCCAUGAAGACAUGGCUUCCUUGGAUGCAGAAAUCCUCCGCUAUGAGGACCUUGAUGCCCUGGAUGGGGGAGAUGAUGGCAUGAGAGUCAUCAAAACAAUUCUGGCUUUGGCUCCUUCUCUUCUGAAAGUUUCUGGGAGUGUCUUUCUGGAAGUUGAUCCCAGGCAUCCAGAUAUGGUGGAGCACUGGCUACAGGCACAGCCAGACUUACUGCUCACCCUCCGUGCUGUUCACGAAGACUUUUGUGGCAAGCCUAGGUUUCUGCACAUCCAGAAACAAAGCAGCUGGCAGCUGUGUGAGACAUAACUCUCCUUGCAGCAUCCUUUUUGCUCUUGAGCCCAGCUGAACAGCUUGUUGUGAAAGGAAUCUGCACUCCCCAGAGCUGGACUCUCUCUUGAGUGACAGACCCCUCAUUUCCUGACACAGACCUAAUCCAGAGCUGGAGAAGUUCAGCUGAGCUUGUGGAAGUGUCUCACCUUCCUCAGGGAACUGCAUGAAACAUUUUAGUCUGCUCUGCUGAAGUGACCCAGUCAUCUCAGGACCCAAGACAGAAGAAGAGUUCACAGCUCCAGAUUAAAAAUACAACCUCUCAACGUGCCAGAUCACCCCUCUGGCCUAGAAAGAAUUGAAUUAUAUUUUUUAAAUUUUGCCUUGAGAUACAUUUAUAUAGAAUGUGACCAGAUAGGAUGAUAAUCCCAAACCCUGGUUUAUACUGGCACAUGGAUUUGCAGGUGUAACAGGACAUAACUGUUGUGCACAUUUCAAGUGCAGUUCUGUUCCAGGAUCCUGAUGCUCCAAUAGCAAAGUUUGUUUCCUGCUCCUGCCGAGUGAUUGUCCCUGAAGGAUCAGUGCACAUGUUACAGCACCUGAAUUUACAGCCCUUGACACUUGGUGGAUGCUGCCAGAAACAGUCAAAGCAUUGUAAUAAAGAGAGUGCUUCAGAUCAGGGCCCUUCAAAGAAUUUCACUGCAACUAUUCAGAGAUGCUGGCAGGCCUGAAUAAACAUCUGGCACCCACACAUUGCCCUGAUAGUGAUACAGAUGCCUAAAUUCCACAUGAGGCAUUCAAUUGCAACACUUUACAGAGAAGGCCAGAGUUAUUACUCUGGUUUUGCAGAUGGAGAAGUUGAAAAACAGGAGGUGAAAUGACCUGCACAAAAUGUGACAAGCUGAGUUUGGAGUAGGGCCCUUGACAGGUGUGGGAGCAGCUGAGGUCUGUCUCUUUGGGAAGGGGGACUCAGACUGGGGCUGCCUGAAGCAGCACAGAGGGGAGUCCCUGAAGUGGACAGUCAGCAUCACAUUAGUGUAGAUAAUGGCAGGAUGGAACUGAAGCUGCUGCUCGCUGUUGCUGCCGGUUCCAGUGGUGCAGGUUCCCCUCCGGACCAUGGCUGGCCAGGGAAGGAAGGAAAGCAAGCCAAGGAAAGUCUGCCAGCCCAGGAAGCAGGUGCUGGGCCGGUGGAGGUGAGCACUCAGGAGGGGUGGGAGUGUCCAGACAGGGCCCUGCUGUGUCCAGGCUGAGCUGGGGCGGCACAGCCAGACAUCAGGCAGGGCAUGCAGCAGCAGACUGAGUCUCUUGGAAGGCUGCAGCAGUUCAGAGGGUGUUACAUGAGCACUGAUACAUCUGCUGCCUUUCCCCUCUGCCUCUCCCACACUCUUUCUCCUAAAAGGAUUCUUUCCUCCCUCCCCUUAACUCCUGAGCAUGGGCCCUGCUUUCCCACAGACAUCUCAGCUCUCUCUGAUGAACCAGCACUUGGGUUCCUCUCCCUACUCACAGCUCUCUUCAUAGACUUGCCUUUCACCCAUUGCACAUCUUACACUACAUUUAUCCACCCCAGUAAUUUACCAUGUCCUGUACCCUCUUUACUUGAAUUUGUGAGUCUUCUCUGGCCUGCAGUACCUGCCCUGGUUAAACACAGCAGAGGAAAUCUAGGGAAGGAGAGAACAAAAACAGAUCAGUUAAAGUGCACUUGAGCAUAGGUUUGGAAAUGCCAUUUCAGUACAGCUGAUUUCUGGCCUCCUACAGCCGUGAGUACAAAGUACAGUCAAAGGGGGUGGUAUUUUGUGUGGUUUUGGAUUUUUUUAAUAGUAACCAAGGAUAUUUUUUAAGUUCAGUUUGUCAGACUCCAUUUAAAAAUUAAAUUUAAAGAAAUUAGUUCUCAGA